UUUAUCUUGCUGCCAGUUGCUGUGGGCUCGACGUUGAGAGUAUCAUAGUAACUUCCACUGGUCUCCGAGGCAGCGGACAGGGCUCCAGAUAAGCAGAGCAGCAGGGCCGCGCAGGCAGGCGUCCAGCGGAAAGCACCUUGCUCUGCCAUGCUGAGUGGCUGAGCACAGACGAGGAACUCAAACUCUCAAAAACAGUUUAUCUGCAAGUGCAGCUUCCUUUGGGGUUAUGAUGGCUUAUCUCCAUACGCACAUAACGCUAUCUGGUGACUGGUCUACGCGACAGCAGUCGCAGCAAUGCUCCGCAGGGCUGUAGGCUCCUGCCUCUAACCUGAGGUACACAGAAUUUAGUUAGCUUAAGGUGUUACGCUUAUUUCACCCAAACCACGUACAAAAAAAACCGUUUUAAAGGUGCGUCAAAGUAAAUGUGACCUUUUUCAUAGCUAUUGUCAGUGUUAACACGCCGUGUUAUAGCCGAGGGGGCUGCCACUAGAUCCAAAUUUACGACGUGUAUUACAUAUUUCCUCGUGCACAGGGAAAAGAUAACAAACUUAAACUAUACUUGGCUGCCAUUCACUACUUUCACCACUGGAGGGCAGAAAAAAGCAGUUCGUGGAAAACAGAGAAGAAGAGGAUCGUCUUCUUCGUUGGCGCUGAAAGAGAGACCAAGAAAUGUGAUAAACAUCACCGAGGCCUAUAGGGAUUGCCGAAAAUUACACAGGCCUGAUUUCUGCUGUUAGCAGAAAUAUCUGUAUAAAUUACCGUGAAUAAGCGCAAGGCGUUUCUGCAUGGGAGCCACUCAGCUGGAUCCAACGACUGGUUUCUGUUUGAAUUUUGAAUAGCAGACUUCACUGCUCCAAAGCAAAAACAAUUUAUGACUUCUUUACCUGUGUAUGUGACUGCUUGCCAGGUCACGUCAGCCCCCCUCAUACACAUGAGUGCUGUUUUCUCCUUGAGCUGGGCCGAGCGCCAUGCCUGACCGGGACAGUUCCUACCUGUCUAGCGGUGGUGGCAGUGGCGGUAGUCUGGGUGAGGAAGGAGGUCCUGGGUCUGGUUUUGCAGGAGGCUCGGCAGAGGGCAGAGGGGGUUCAGGAGGAAGUGUUGGAGGCAACGUCUCUGGCUCUGGGAGCAUGGGGGGAGGAGGGGCGCUGGGAAACGGCAACGGUUGUGGGAACGGUGGAAGUGGGGGGCAAGGUGCAGGACUGGCAUUGGACGGUGUCUGCAGGGACUUCAUACGCAACGUCUGCAAGAGAGGGAAACGCUGCCGCUUUAGACACCCAGACUACAAUGAGGUGCCAGACCUGGGAGUGCAAAAGAACGAGUUCAUCUUUUGUCAUGAUCAUCAGAAUAAGGAGUGUAUGCGCUCCAACUGCCGCUUUGUCCAUGGAUCUAAAGAGGAUGAGGACUAUUACAAGAAAACAGGAGAGCUACCCCUCAGAUUAAGAGGGAAAGUUGCAGCACGGCUGGGCCUGUCCCCCAUGGAUCUCCCGCAUAGCCGUGGGGAGGUCCCUAUCUGCAGAGACUUCCUGACGGGAGAGUGCCAGAGGGGCAACAAAUGUAAAUUUCGCCAUGUCAAAAAAGACUACGAAUAUGAACCGUCCAGGGUUGGAGUGGGUGGUGUUAUGGGGCCAGGUGUCAGUGGAAUGGUGAAUGCUGGGGGAGGGAUAGGUGGUGGAGGAGGAGGUACCUGUGGAGGAAUGCAAGGACUUGUGGGAGGUGGAGGUGGGAGUAGUAUGAUAGGGGUGGGUUGUCCCAGCUUGGGUGGCUGCAGAGAUCCAGGUAUCUCAGGAGUUGGGGGAGUAGGCGGAGGUGGGAUUAGUGGUUGUCUGUCGAUAAGUUCUUCAGGACAGCGGCGCUAUGAUAGGAGCUCAUGCUCGGUGUAUGAUCCCCUGCUUGAAAAUGGGCUGUUUGAUGCUGGUUCCCUGGAGGCCUCACUGGACCACACUGCUCUACAGUUGAAGAGGCGGCGUUUCGAAGGGCUGCGCCUGGCAGAUGGGAACGGAGGUGGACACUAUGAGCUAGGAGUUCAAGCCACCUUGCCGCCACGUCCUCUCGAGUACAGGUUCCUGGAGGAAGAAAACUCCCUGCUGAGGAAGAGAGUGGAAGAGCUGAAGAAGCAGGUUUCAAAUCUCAUUGCCACAAAUGAGGUUCUUCUGGAGCAGAACGCCCAGUUCCGAAGCCAAGCCAAGGUUAUGACGCUCUCUUCCACUCCUGCACCCACUGAGCAGAGUCUGGCGCCCCCUGUGGGUGCAGUAAGUUCCUACAAUCACAGCAUUGCCCAGACUCAUACCACUCUGAGCAGCGCUGGACUGCAGCCUCGGCCUGUCACGCAGCAAGACCUGGUAGCUCCCACCGGUGCCCCUGCAGCGCCCCCAACUAAUGCAGCCCCACCUACUGCUCCUCCGCCCCAUCUCAACCCUGAGAUCACCCCCCUCUCAGCUGCCCUUGCACAGACCAUCGCCCAAGGGAUGGCGCCUCCUGUUUCUAUGGCACCAGUGGCUGUAUCUGUGGCACCAGUGGCAGUGUCUAUGACGCAGCCUCUGCCUGGCAUUACCAUGAGUCAUGCCACCACCCCGAUGGUGUCGUACCCCAUUGCAAGUCAAAGCAUGAGGAUCACCAAUCUGCCUCACUAACUGAUUCAUAGUCAGGACUAUAGUACCCACAAGUCAGACUGUAGCAUCCUCAGCGGGGAUUUUUAACAUAGAUUGCCUCCUUUUAUUUGUAAGAGACUCGACUGAUGACAAAAUAGUGAGAAGUGUGAGGUAUAGACUCUUCUUCAGCAAAGGGCAGGAUCAAGACUUCUCUUUUCAGCCUCCCUCCCUCCCUCACUGUAAUGUGGCAACAUUGGAAAUACAGUUUUCAUACAGACUGAAUGACCUGUGACCUGUGGCAAAGGUCUGUGUACCAAAGGGAUCUUUUCAAAGGUAGGCAUCAAAAAUGGCAACAACCUCAGAAUAUUUGAAGUCAUCCAUAGUGUUUGAACCACAUCUGCAAGACUGCUGUGCACCCUUUUGGGGACAUGAAGACUUUGGAAGCGGUUUGUGUUUAUAUUUUUGUGGUUUGCUCUGGUGUAAAUUAACUUUGGUACUUUGCACAUUUAAAAAAAAAAAGAAUAAAAACCAGUCAAAAACGAA